AUGAUAGCCUGCGCCUUUGCCCAGCCAAUGUGGCCCAGACAUGGGGCACGCCAAAUGCCUGUUAACAUUCUUCCGUACGCGCCAUCCCCAUUUAUACCCAUGAUUCCUCUACCUAGAAACCAAUAUGGCGCAUGGACAGGAAACACUGGUUUUGGUGGUCGAUUAUUUCCUAAUACACCGUCUUUGAGUGCAGGAACUCAGUGGUCAGGCCAGUGGACAACAGGUCAGAAUGGUCAGUUUGGACUCAACGGUCAGAAUGGUCAGUUUGGAUUAAAUGGUCAGAAUGGUCAAUUUGGAAUAAAUGGCCAAAAUGGUCUGUUUGGACUAAACGGUCUAAACGGUCAGUUUGGACAAAACGCUCAGAAUGACCAGUUUGGACAAAACGCUCAGAAUGACCAGUUUGGACAAAACGCUCAGAAUGACCCGUUUGGACAAAACGCUCAGAAUGACCAGUUUGGACAAAACACUCAGAAUGGACAGUGGAUUGAUGGCUCAACCAGCGGUCAAAAUUCACAGGGAAAUGUCAUCAACAAUGAUCUUAACACGGGUACUAGCGGUGAUCCAUGGGCAACAUACAAGCAACUUAACGCUGGAAUCGACAGCAAUACUUUGGCCCAAUCAGGAGCUAGGCUUUCUCAGCAAGUGCUCGGAGGUCAGCGGUUAAACAACCAACUCAGCACUGAGCAGUGGCCUGGAUUUCAGCAGAUAGGGGUGAACAAUAAUGGUUUUGGAAACACUGUUCGACAGAACUCGUGGACUGGUUCCCAAAAUAUGAACUUUCCCGUUAUACCUAACGGUCAGCAGACAGGAUCUUUAAAUCAAAGGUUUGGGACCGGCCUUGUUAACAAUGGAAUUCCAAACAAUCAGGCUACUUGGUGGAAAAAGUAG